GCGGGCCGGUGGCUUUUGACGGAAGUUUAAUGACAUGUUUACUCCUGAAUCUUGCGUUUGAACGCGUCACGCGGACAUCUGGCCCUUUAAGAAGAACCGGAGACGAUGACGAAGCAGCUCCGGUCACGUGGCGGCAACAUGGAUCCAGGACACGCGCUUGCUUCUCUGGGUGUGGAAGGAGCUGCUGCGGCGGCCCACGCGCUCUCAUUACCGGCGGAGGCGUACGGAAAUGACGCCCAGUUAGAAGUGUUGUGGGCCAUGAAGGCCUUUAGUCACGCGGAGGUUUACUUCAACCUGAUUUCCUCCGUGGACCCGAAAUUUCUGAAAUUAACGAAAGCGGACGACCUGAUUUACACCAAAUUCAGGGAGGAGUUUCCCGACUUGAACAUCCAGAUUCUGGAUCCAGAACUGUUAAAGUCAACAGAGGCCAAAGAGAAAUGGAGACCCUUUUGCAACCACUUUGAAGGAAUAGUUGAAGACUUUAAUUAUGGCACGUUGUUGCGUUUAGACUGCCAAAAGGACUACACAGAGGAGAACACUAUAUUUGCCACCCGAAUCCAGUUUUUCGCCAUAGAGAUCGCACGGAACAGAGAAGGUUACAACGAUGUCGUCCACGGAGCUGGAGCAGAGACCAAACAGAGGCAGAACCAGAGUUAGCCGCCAUGGGCCUCGCUUGGGUUGCUAGUGUUGGACACAUUCUUACCGGCCCCGUUUAAUUCACACUGAAGGCACGUUCUUUUUGAGAGCAGAGGAGAGAGAACCUGAGACUCGGACGGUGUAAUCAAACAGCAAAUGUAUUUCACUUGGACACUUCUCCCCUCUGUGUUGGUGAAUGAUAACUUGUGUUUUUGUAACAAAUAAUCAAAGUUAAAGCUCCAAGAACUGUCA